GUCAACAAAACAUGUUCUCGUCUUCAUCUUCUCCUUGCCAAUAAAGAAAUAAAAACAUUCUUGGUUUAGGAAAUAAAUCUCCUGAUAAUAAGAAGAAAACGCGUAGGGGACUAGAGGGGCAAUGAUGAUUCGUGUCGUUCUUCUUCUUUGUUUCGUUUUCACCAUCCCUGCCGUAGUAUUCUCAGACGAUGAGCAUGAGACCAUCUAUGAGAUCCUCCAGGAGAACGGGUUACCGUUAGGGAUAUUCCCAAAAGGCGUUAAAGAUUUUAGCUUCAACGGCGAAACGGGACGGUUCUUGGUUCAUAUGAACAAGUCGUGCGAUGCUAAAUACGAGACGGAGCUGCAUUACGACGUGAAUAUUACGGGGACGUUAGGUUACGGUGAGAUUAAAGACUUGUCUGGAAUCUUGGCGCAAGAUCUGUUCCUUUGGUUUCCGGUUAAAGGGAUACGUGUCGAGGUUCCUAGCUCUGGUCUUAUAGUUUUCGACGUUGGCGUCGUCCGCAAGCAAUAUUCAUUGUCUUUGUUUGAGACGCCUAGAGAUUGUGUUGCGGUUCGUGGUGAAAACAAGGUUCAGUCUUCUGUAUUGCCAUUGUAUCAAGUAGUUCAAACUCUCGGGAGAGAUGUUGUUUAGCUGGAGUUUAAAAAAAUGUUGUUAUAAUAUAAAAGAAAGAUAGACAGAUGCUCUCAUCAAUUCUUAAAGAUUUUUUAACCUUUUUGUUCUCAAAUGAUAAGAAAAAAAAUCAAGGUUCAUAGUAUCCCUCCUCAGUCUUGGAUUGGAUUCUCAUAUUGUGAGGGGGUGAACCGAGAAAAGUUAGGUAAAAAGAACAUCACCUACUUGUUUCUUGAAAGAUGAUAAAAGAAUGGAUCAGUAUUUAAUGAGGUGAUGAAUGUUUUUUUUGUCAUUUGCUCUGUUUUGUACUUUGGUAUGGGGAAAAGGGGAUGUAAAGC